CACAGCGGUGCGUGUCCGCUGGCCGGGUGGUCGCUGGACACCGAGGCCCGGCCGCCUGCUGGCCUGCUGGCCGGGUGGUCGCUGGACAGCGAGGCCGAAGCCUGGUGGGGCACACCCGGGUCACCCCAAGGCCCAGCGGGCUGAAGCCGCGAUCGGACAGUCCUCGGGCGGCCCUCCUCCUGCGCUGACCUGUGAAUUUCCACGGAUGCAGGAGCAACCUGGCGAGGGAGAGAGCAGUGUGUGAGUUACGGAGGGACACGAUGCAGGCCUCUGUGGUCCUCGAGGACGUGGCCGUGGACUUCACCCGGGAGGAGUGGGCUUUGCUGGACCUUGCUCAGCGGAGCCUCUACAGAGAGGUGAUGCUGGAGACCUGCUGGAACCUGGCCUCACUCGGGUACCUGCUGCACACACCCCAGCUCUUCUCCCAGGAGCUACAAGCGGAGGCCCCAAAGACAGCAAGAGGAAGACUUACCCAAGACGUCUGUCCCAUGGAGCACCAGGAAGGCAAGAAUCCUUGGGAUAAACGGUCCUUGCCAGACUGCUCAAAGUCCUCAGUGUACAGGUGCCCUCCCUUUUUCGUUUCAGCCUUUGAAAUACAACCAAAAGCUAAGGAACCAGUUGCUCUGCGAGAUAUGUAUGGAGAAAAAGCAUCCCAUGAACAGAAAAUUCUAAGAUUCAAAAGGAAUGAUUCUUGGUCUUCCAUUUUACAUGAAAUCUGGGAAUACCAUGAUACUGAUUAUCGGAACAAAAACCAGGAGAGACAGCUGAGUCACGUGGCAGAGAAUCCCUAUAAAUACAACGAGGAGCAUCAGCGUGGACACAGCUUGAACCAAGUCCCAAAUGUCAAGGGCGUGACUGCAGUCAGUUCCUACGAAUGCCACGAGUGUGGCAAGGUCUUCACGGAUCAUCCAUCACUUGAGGCCCACCUGAGCUCUCACACAGGGAGCAAGCCCUACCGGUGCAAGGAGUGUGGGAAAGCCUUCCACUUCCUCGCUUGUUUUAAGAAGCACGUGAACACUCCCAAUGAAGGGAAGCCCUACACGUGUAAGGAAUGCACGAAAGCCUUCCGCUGUUCCUCCCUCUUCAGGGCACACAUGAAGAUCCACACGGGAAAGACCAGCCAUGAAUGCCAGGAAUGUGGCAAAGCCUUCAGCUGCUCUUCUUCCCUCACAGAACACAAAAGAAUUCACAGCGGAGAUAAGCCCUACGAAUGUAAGGAGUGUGGCAAAGCCUUCAGCUGCUCCUCCUCCCUGUCCAAACACAAGAGGAUGCACAGUGGAGACAAGCCGUAUGCGUGUAAGGAAUGUGGGAAGGCCUUCAGCUCUUCCUCUCACCUCAUCAUCCACAUACGGAUUCAUACCGGGGAAAAGCCCUAUGAAUGUAAGGAUUGUGGCAAGGCCUUCAGCGAGUCUUCCAAACUCACCGUACAUGUGAGAACACACACAGGAGAGAAGCCCUACAAAUGCCAGGAGUGUGGAAAAGCUUAUAACUGCCCCUCCUCCUUGAGUAUCCACAUGAGGAAACACACUGGAGAGAAACCCUACGAAUGCCUGGAGUGUGGGAAAGCCUUCUAUCUGCCCACCUCCCUUAAUACACACGUGAAAAAUCAAAGCAGAGAGAAGCCUUGUGAGUGUAAGGAGUGUGGCAAGGCCUUCAGCUGUCCCUCCUCCUUCCGAGCACACGUGAAAGAUCACCCUGCAAAGAUCCAGUAUGAAUGCAAGGAGUGUGGCAAGGCCUUCAGCCGCUCCUCAUCCCUCACGGAGCACCUAAGGACGCACAGUGGAGAGAAGCCUUACACGUGUAAGGAGUGUGGCAAGGCCUUCAUCAGCGCCUCCCACCUCACGGUCCAUGUCAGGACACACACCGGAGAGAAGCCCUACGCGUGUAAGAAAUGUGGGAAGGCCUUCAUUUACCCCUCGGCCCUGAGGAUCCACAUGAGAACACACACUGGGGAGAAGCCCUACGAGUGUAAGGAGUGCGGGAAAGCCUUUCGCCAUUCUUCCUACCUCACUGUCCACGCAAGAAUGCACACUGGAGAGAAGCCCUUUGAGUGCCUGGAGUGCGGGAAGGCCUUCAGCUGCCCCUCAUCCUUCCGAAGACACAUGAGGAGCCACACUGGAGAGAAGCCGUACGAGUGUGAGGAAUGCGGAAAAGCCUUCGUCUGUCCUGCCUACUUCCGGAGACACCUGAAGACACAUGCUUGAGAAAACAGCUAAAGGCAAGGCACGCGCGCGUGUCUGCAGCUCGGAAGAUCUCAUGGGGAAGACACUUGCCAACAUAAGAAGGUCGGAAACUGGGCUAGUCUUGUGUGCAGACUUGAGAACAUCCGAGAGAAGCCCUUUCUUGUAAGUGAGCCAUACCUCUGUGAACAGCACUUACUGAAAAAAAACAA